UUGACGAAUCUACAAUCACAAGUCUAGAGUGCCUUCAUGAAAUGCUGUCAGCUGAUGGUCCAGAGGAGGAGACUGCUGCUCUGCACCUGGCUUUCAAAGGGAAUGGGGGCCCUGAGCUGCUCAUUAAGAUCAUGGAUUCUCCCAAACCUCGCAACUUAAGAAUCCCACUUCUGGAUCUCCUAACCAAAAUCUCCAGUGCCAUGGCGAUUAAUGAUUCAGGGAUGGUUGGUGGAGUUAUCUUACUGAAGGCUGGGGACAUUGCUGGAGAUCCCACAGAGAAAACUGUGGAAUGGCCCAAACAACAGGAUGGCAACGUGUACAUCCCAUUCAACAUCUCUGUUGCUUUCAAUUCUCGAGACAAGAAGGAGAUUGACGAAGCCUUCGGAGAAUUCCAAGAGAAGACGUGUGUCCGCUUUGUUGCAAGAAAACAGGAGCUGGAUUACAUUAACUUCCAGGCACUGGGCGGGAGCUGGUCGUUCCUGGGCAAGAAGGGAGGGGCUCAGUCCGUGUCCCUGGAGCCCGGGAAGGUGGACAGGGGCACGGUUCUGCACGAGUUGAUGCACGCGCUCGGCUUCCACCACGAGCACUGCCGCAGCGAUCGCGAUGACCACGUCCACAUCCAUGAGGACAACAUCAAGGAGAAUGAUCUGUGCCAAUUUAAACGUCUUGAAUUAAGUGAGCGUGACUACGGACUGCCUUAUGACUACAUCUCCAUUACACACAACAGCAGGCACGCAUCAUCAAUCGAUGGAGUCAGCCCCACGAUUGUGCCGGUUCAAGACAAGAAAACUCCGAUCGGUCAGAGGGACUUCCUCAGCCCACUCGAUGUUCUUAAAAUACAGCGCAUGUUCCAAGGCGCCGUGGCAGCCAGCGGUAGAGAUGAAGCGCUGGAGAAGGCCUUGGCCGAGACGGUUGAUCUUAUGCACUCCAUGGAUGAAACUCCUUCAGAGCUUCUGCGGUUUCUGGCAGAAGACAUGCGAGGACCAGAAUUGAAAAAGAAAGUAGAUGAAGUUUUGAACAUUGUAAAGGAAUUGAAAAAUCUGCCCAGCUGUACCUACGCCAUGGUUGAGCUCCUGGAAAGGCUGAAGAAAAUUAUGACUUUUGUUGAUUCCACGCGGGAGGAGAAAUUUGCCCUGAAAACAGCUUUUGUCAAGAAUGGUGGCCCAGAGAUGUUUGAGAAGAUCCGGACAUCUGCCUCCCGAGAGGGCUCAGGCGUGCAGCUCCAAGAGACGACAAAGCUCAUUGAGGACGUGAUGAAGACGUUUACGCCAGAGCAGAAAACAGGUGUGAAGGACAAUAAAAAUCUACUGAAGAAGAUAACCAGCCUAAAAAAGUUAUCUAAAUUUGACUUCACUGUCGUCCAGCCAUUGAUAAACAUUCUGAACAUGCUGAGUGUGGAGCACACCAUAAAGGAGAAAGUGGACGUUAAGGAGGCCUUCCUGCGGCAGGGAGGUGCAGAGCUGCUCAAGAAGAUCCAGGACACUCCCACCCAAGAUGACUCUGAGAUCCCUCUCCGAAUCGUCACUGAGAUCAUGUUCCAAAUGCUGAUGACUUACACUGUGGACGAUAGUGCAAAACUAGAGAAAGAGAUUGAAGACAUUUACACAGAUUUAAUUCCGCUGACGACUCUUUCCAGCUUUGACCAUUCUACGGUAAAGACCCUGCAAACUAUAUGGAACAAGUUGAAUGCCGUCCUUUCAGUGGAGAAGAGACUUCUUGCCAAAGCGGCUUUUCUUCGUGCAGGGGGACCAGAACUGUUAAAGGAAAUGCAAAAGUGCCUACAAAGUGACGCUGUGGAAAACGGACUUUUGGAAGUGAUGAUGGACAUUUAUACACUGAUGAUGGAUUUAACUUUCACAUCGCUUCAAGCACAUCAUGAAAAUGAAGAUACGUUUCCAGAACCUGAAGAAAUUAAAGCUCGGAAAAGGCGUCAUGUGUUUAAAGACAUUCUCCGCCGAGUGCCAAGACCAUCACGACGCAGGCACCGCGGCGCACCCUCAAGGACGGGCACAGACGGCGUUAUCGGAGGAACGCAUACUCAGAGUGAAUGACACUAAUUCUUGUUGACCACGCUUAAUAACUAUUUGCUACUAUAAUGAGCCAAGAAUGUGUCCCGCGUGUGACGUCACUCCACAUGGACCAGCCCCCCUCAUUAAUAAUCAUGAGCAGUUAAUGUCACUCCACAUCGAACAGCCCCCCUCAUUAAUAAUCAUGAACAGGUGACGUCCUCCAAAUGGACACCCCCCCCCCUCCAUUAAUAAUAAUUAGCGGGUGACGUCACUCCAUAUGGGGGGGCAAGGCGCCUCCUCCCCCCUCUUCAGCGUUAACUUAUAACCCUCACUCCAAAGGCAGAACCCUCACGUCACGCAAUCUCCGUAACGCUGUUGAGACAUAGAAGUAAAAAGGGCGUCAUGAUGAACAAGGAUUUAUAACCUUUAAAUGAAAUAAUUCUGUGUCACCGCGGCCGUACAAAAUACACACGAAUUUAUGGAAAGAAUAUCACGUCGCGGUCUGCUUUUCACUUGCAAGUUCCAGAUUUACUGCAAUACACCCGUCCUUUGACGGGCAAAAGGCUAGUUAAUAUUAAUCACUUAACAGCCAUUGCUUAAUAUUAAUUACUUAAGCAUUGCUAUGUAGCUUUAUUUGCACAAUUCUCUCAGUUUUUAAACUAAACUUUUAUUUACCAGGUAAAGCCCGCGGAGCUAUUGCCUUCUUUUCAGAGUUGAUCUAGCCACGCAUCGUAGCAGCCACAUAAUCUCAAUGCACGUUUCUAAAUAUGAAGGGCCAUACCGUAGUCCUCAUAUAAUUAUCCACAUGACCGCAGGGACUACAUACAAUUUCUGUCAGGAUCAGGAUCGAAUCCAUGCACUCCUGCAUACCAGCCGAGGGAAAUAACAUCACCACCGCGUGAUUGCGCUUUCAUUUGAAUGAAGCCACUUAUGUAAUAGAUAUUCCAAUAUAUUAUGACACAUGCAGAUGUUACAUGUAAAUGUACAUUCAAUGUGUAUGCAAAUACAAUAAAACAUGAUUAAUCUGUGGUGAUAUGGUGGACGGGUUUCGCCCAUCGGGUCGGAGUUUUUUGAUGUAGGUUAAGGAAAAAGGGAGGGCACAUAGGGGUAAAGCGUUCUCUUGCUCCAAAAGUCAGCCCUCGGGACGGUCUCCAGCUCGGCCACUCAAACGUCCGUGUGACGCGUCGAGGUGAGCGGCGAGGACGAGACCAACGGAGCGCCGUGCGCAUCUAACCAUGAGUAAGAGGUAAAAGAGUAUUGGGAUUGAGGCUAGAAAAACCAAACCUGCUGAGAGCCUAUCAAAUUAGAUAAAUCGGGUACAGACCCUUGGGCGAUAGUAUAGGCCUGCCUUGCCGAUCUCUACUGACCCAACAGUGAAUCCCAGUCGGCCGAGAAUAAAUCAUUAAUAAC